UGUGCACUAGAGGUGGUCCAUAACUACAUCGUAAGAAUGUCUAAACUGAGUGUUUCCUUGCUCUUCAUUGGGCUGUCGCUGUUAGCGGUGUGCGAUGGAUCUGCAUUGUCCAGUGAGAGCUCUGAGUCGGAUGAGUACGAAGUGGUGGGAAUGCUGGGCGAAGUUCGUAAACAGUGUAAACGCAACACAGGUUCCAAUGCUGCCUUUUCGGUAGUCAUGGAAGCACUUGAAAAGUCUAUGGAUUGUGUGGCGGAUUUCGAUAACAAGAAUUUCAAGAUCGAUUACAACGAACUUACCAACGCAUCUCGUGGAACAUUCUUCGGCAAAUACUGUCCUAAGCUGCGAUCGCUCGUCUCUUGCCAAGACAGUAUGUUGGCUGCUGUUCAACCAUGUCUCAAAAAGGGUACGUUCAACAUAGUUCAAGCUGUUUAUAACAGCAUACCAGAAGCCUUGGACCUUGUGUGUAAGAACGAUGGAGAAAUCAUUAUGAAUCUGAAAGACCCGCAACGCCAUGAGUGCCUUGAGCAGAAAGCUCAGCAAAUAUCGACGUGUUUGUACACGUUUGCUGAAGGAAGGAGCGGAGACUUCGAUUUUCUUGAACUGACGCAAGAAGAAUGCAGUUCAUUUACCAACUUCAGACAGUGCUUGAAGAACCCACUGCACCCUUGUGACAUGUCGGACUUUGUAAGCAUCUUAGAUAUACCCAUGAAUGCUAUAUUGCCCGUGACGCCCUGUGUUAAUCAUACCGAGGUGCAAAACGUUAACCUACCUGAAAACAACACAAUUGUGGAGGUUUAAAGCAGAAGAUCAGGGGUGUCGUUGUAGUAAUAGAACGUCAAGUUCAAUUCGUAACAUAUCGGAUGGAAAUCCUAACCAAUCCAGUUCGACAGCACUUCGAAAGAAGAAGCAACUGAACGGCUCCUACUAUGUAUAGAAACAAGAAAUCUGAAUAAAGCAAGUUAAUUAGCAAUACAUAAACAGUA